CUUAACGACAAUCUGAAUGUCCAUCCAACGUGAAAUUGACUAGAAGGAAAGCUACCAUUUUAAUAGCGUCGUGUUGUCAUGCUAGUAGAGUGCCCGUUUCUUCCUUGCUUUGGGUCCAAGUCAUGUUCGUAUCUAUCCAGCUCAUGUAUUCUCAUUUGUAUCAAGAAAGCCGAGGUAGUGGCCAUCUCACCUUUCCACAAUGCCGUGUGCAAAGCGAAAACCCAAGGAUUCGAUCGGGCGUGCUUAUUCAUCACAGCACCAGCCACGUAAUCGCGUGUCAUCCUGCCACCGUUCUAGUGUUCACCAUCUCGUGCACCCAUCUUUCCCAUUGCAACACCAUCUACACGGUUUUCUCUUUCCUGUAGGUCCCUCACUGGUCUUCACAAAUUAUGACUCAACAGUAUCGCAUAGAGCAUGAUACCUUUGGAGAGAUAAAGGUCCCCGCCAACAAGUACUGGGGAGCACAAACUGAACGGUCUCUCCAAAACUUUGAGAUUGGAGGCCCUGGUGACCGCAUGCCCCUCGAAGUGAUUCAGGCGCUGGGUAUCGUCAAAAAGGCUGCAGCAAUUGUGAAUGUUACUUAUGGGUUAGAUAAGAAACUUGGUGAUGCGAUUAUCAAAGCUGCGGAUGAGGUUAUUGAUGGUAAAUUGAAUGACGAGUUUCCUCUCGUCGUUUGGCAAACGGGGUCAGGAACUCAAACGAAUAUGAACGUGAAUGAGGUGAUUGCCAACCGUGCAAAUGAAAUUCUGGGACAGCCUCUUGGAGCACAAAAGCCAGUUCAUCCGAAUGAUACCGUUAAUAUGAGUCAAUCCUCGAAUGACACAUUUCCUACAGCAAUGUACGUUGCAGCCACACUAGCGCUUUAUAAGCUCCUUCUGCCUGCCUUGCGCCGUCUUCAUACUGCACUGGAUGCACACGCCAAAGGGUGGUCAAAUAUUAUAAAAAUUGGUCGAACCCACACUCAAGACGCAACACCACUUACCCUCGGCCAAGAGUUCUCUGGAUACGCCCAGCAAAUUGCUUAUGGGAUCGAACGAGUUAAAGCCGGGAUUCCUAGAUUGAGCUUGUUGGCACAGGGAGGUACGGCAGUGGGAACGGGACUGAACACGAGAGCUGGUUUUGAUACCAAGGUUGCUGCGGAGAUCUCGAGAAUUACUGGCGUGGAGUUUAAAACUGCUCCUAACAAGUUUGAGGCCCUUGCUGCUCACGACGCCAUUGUGGAAGCCAGUGGAGCUUUGAAUGUCCUUGCCGUUUCCUUGAUGAAAAUUGGUAAUGAUAUUCGGUUCCUGGGUUCUGGACCCAGAUGUGGACUGGGUGAACUCAGCCUACCGGAGAAUGAGCCUGGGUCAUCUAUCAUGCCUGGCAAGGUCAACCCAACCCAAUGCGAAGCCCUCACAAUGGUUUGUGCGCAAGUAAUGGGCAAUCACGUCGCGAUCAGUAUUGGAGGAUCAAAUGGCCACUUUGAGUUGAAUGUCUUCAAACCCCUCCUCAUUCGGAAUUUUAUUCACUCGACCACCCUUCUUGCAAAUGCUUGCGACUCGUUCAACAAAAACUGUGUGCAAGGAAUCAAACCCAAUCUGGAUCGUAUUAAAACUUUGAUGAACGAAAGCUUGAUGUUGGUUACGGCCUUGAAUCCAAAGAUUGGAUAUGAGAAUGCAGCCAAGGUCGCCAAACUGGCCCAUAAAGACGGGUCUACACUCAAAGAGGCUGCGGUUAAGCUCAAACUGUUGACACCUGAACAAUUUGAUGAGUGGGUGAGACCUGAGCAGAUGCUUGGGCCGCGUCUGUAAAUAGUGUACUGUCCGCGCUGGAUAGAGGAGAUGUAUUGAUAGCACUGUAGCUAGGGAUAGCAAUUGACUAUACAUGUCCCUGCUGACUAGCAGACGCAGUGAAAUCAAGCAAGAUUCAUGACUACCGACUUGACCUCUGUAAUAUUCGGGAUGUAUUGGUUUCUAAGCGUGGGUACAAAAAGAACGAUUGUAACUUACGAGUAUAUUCUCGUAAUCCAUACUCUCCAA